GGAGGAGCCAGUCCCAAAACACGUAAAAUAUUAUUAAAAAGGUUUUUUUCACGUGUUUGUAAGACAGCCACUCCAGAUCUGUCUGCUUUUAUGCAUACUGUAAAAGAGAAUGGCGGUAUAAUGACAGGAAAAGUUUUCAACAUGACCAGAAAUAUUCAGAUUUAGAGCAAAUCGCACACUGUACUGAGAAAGAAGUAGCUGUGAAACAGUUGCCAUGGAUAUCCUACCAUGUAAGGAGGAGGAGGAAGAGGAGGAGUGUGCUGCGAUGGAGUUGAAGCAAGCAGUUGAUCCUGGCAUCCAGUCUUCAGGACGUGACAACGACAUGAUCACUACACAUUACGGCUUCUCUGGAGAAUCCAGUGAUGAGGAUGAUUACACAAUAACUGUCGGAAAUGAGGAUUGUGUGUGCUGCGUGUGUGGAGAGCAGUUCCCCUUCCUAGAUCAACUGAUGGAACACUUUAAGACACACAAAGAUGAAGUGUGCUGUAACCUAUGUCAGACGAAUUUCAGCCGCGCAAUUUCCCUGGCAUUACACUUAAAGUACGCACAUCCUAGGCACGACCUCUUCUGUACGGUCUGUCAAGCCCCUUUUGUAAGCACGUGGCAUCUGAAUGAGCAUCUGGAGAAUCAUCAGAAGGAACUAACAACACAUAAGGAGGAAGUGGAGUUAGUGGAUGUCAAACCUUUGAUUGAAAUGAUUGACACUGAUGACAUCAUCGAGUCCAUUAGCAUCCAGAGCUGGGGCAGUAUGUUUUUGCAUGAUCAUUCAUAUUGUCUGCCUGGACAUUUGAAUGUGUCUCACAGUAAAGCGAUUCAAGUUCAAACUCGCACUUGCAUCAGGAAAUGUAAUGACAUUGUUAAAUGUUUGCCUAUGGACUCUUUAUCUAAAGGUGCACAGCAGGGUAGCAGCAGUUAUUUUACGGUGACAAGCCAGCAUGUGAAGAUUGUCUUUAAUAAAGAAGCCCAAAACAAUUCCCCCAGCUCUUCACGUUCAUCAUCUCCCUCAGGCCAAUCAGAGUCAGCUUGUGAGGAGGAAUACGUGAUACCAGGGGAAGAAGAAAGCACUGAUACUGCUGCUGAGGAAGAGGAUGAUGCUCUGCAUUCUGGAGACACGGAUUAUAGCCUCGAUGAAGACCUGAGCUCCGACUCGGAAUUUUCUACAGGUUUUAACACUGAUAACUCGAAGAGUAGUUUGGAAAGCUGUCACGAGAAGACACAUGCAAAUCACAGUACGAAUGCAGAGUCAUUUACCUGCUCAGAAUUAUUAGAGUCUAAGACUCUUCCAACUUCGCAGAGCGAUUGCUCUGAUGUCAAAUUUGAAUCUCAGACUCUUUCAAUUUCUCAGACAAAUUCGUCCACCAUCAAAUUGGAGCCUCAGACUCUUCCAGUUUCUCAGACGGAUUCCUCCCCAAUCAAAUUUGGUUCUCAGACCCCUCCAACAUCUCAGACAGACUCAUUCACCAUCAAAGUUGAGUCUCAGACUCCUCCAACAUCUCCGACAGAGUCCUCCGCCAGCACAUUUGAGUCUCAGACUCUUCCAACUUCCAGGACAGAUUCAUCCACCAGCGCAGGGAAGAAUGGGAAUGAUUGUGAGAAAAAUCCAACUUUUUCGUGUCGUAUGUGUAAGGAGGAAUGUAAAAAUAGAGAUACACUGCUUAAACACAUUGCUAAAAAACAUCCCACUGCUGUUUAUAUCUGUGAAGGCUGCUUUAACACAUUUCCCCAGCAGGAUGCUUUCCAGAGGCAUGCCUGUUGGAAAAGACCUACAGGCCAAAUGAGCGUUUUGCUAGCCACCCCAGGAACACCGUUACCUUCUCCUGCAGUAGCCUCUACAAAGCUUAGUCAAAACUUAAAAAUCACAAACUUAGUCCCCAGUGUGACACCUGUUACUAAAAUUUGUGAAACUGUUGGUCAAACUGUAACAACGCUGCCGCAAACAACUGUCCCAACACAGACCAGACCUUUUGGCCCAGCUAAGUUGACUGAUUUACAUCCACAAGCUGUGACUCCACCACCAACUCUUGUAAGGCCCCAUUGCCCUCCUAGUAUUCCAGUGGCACGACCUAAUGUUCCUGUUAAUUCACCCUCCAUAGUGCGUGCCUCCUUUCCCAACCAAACCAUGACGACAUUGGUCGGAAUACGAAAUUUCAAUCCGUCUCUUCAAACUUGGAACAAAAUUGUUGUAUCCUUUUCGCCCACUGUGCCCAAUUUCUCCGCACCCAUUCUAGUAUCAGGCAACAGUAAUAAGUCCAUGCCUGCUCCAAAACUUUCUCAGUUACCUGGGAAUCCUCCUGUUAAUUCAUCCUCCACAGUGCGUCCCUUCUUGCCCAACCAAUCCAUGACGACAGUUCAUAUUCCUAAGCCUUUCAAUCCGUCUCCUCAAACUCAGAAAAAAUUUCUUGUAACUCUUUCACCAACUGUAAAUGGUCCUGCCCCUAUUCAAGUAUCAGGCAACAGUAAUAAGUCCAUUCCUGCUCCAAGACAGAAAUUUGUAGCUAAUAUUACACCUUCUCAGUUACCUGGGAAUAUUCCUGGUCAUUCGCCCUCCAUAGUGCGCACCUCCUUGCCCAAGCAAUCUACGACGACCAUUUGUCAGAACCAAAUUGUUGGUUCAUUUUCGCCCACUGUGCCCAAUUUCUCUGCACCCAUUUCUGUAUCAAGCAACAACAACAAGUCCAUACCGGCUUCGAAACCUCUUACGUUACCUGCAAAUGCCCUCGUGACUCACGUGUCCUGUCCGACUCUGGUAAGCGCCCUUCUACAGAAGAACCAGCUUAAGGUUUCUUCGCACACAUCAUCUGCCAAGGUCCAGGAUCCUACUACCGGCUCCCUUAAAGCAGUGGCCAUGUCUCGGAGCAAACGCAAGGAUUUAGCUCCGAAAAAAACCUGGCGCUCAAAGUCUAUCUUCCCCUGUCGUCAUUGUGGUGCUAUCUCAAGACAACCCUCACUAAGGCUACGUCAUCGCUACUUACGCCAGCGGUCGCGGUUAUAUAGAUGCAAGUGUGGAAGCUCAUUUCAGCGGCAGCUUCAUUUACUGAGGCACCAGGUACAGCACGCAGAGUCUGUCCGGUUUGUUUGUGCAUGCUGUGGAAGUACAUUCAAUGGGGCACAUGAAUUGGCGAGGCACAAACAAGGGUUAAAGACUAAGCAUAGACAAUAUGCUAAAAAACAAUGCAUAUCAGCGUUUGAUUGUAUCUGUGGCAAGCUGUUUGCAAGACCCUCUGCUCUAUUGUGGCACAUGCUUAAAAAUACAAAAUCCCUGAAACACACACACAAAAAACAUGGUGGAUCAAAUGAACCUGCCUCUGCUGUUUAAACCAGAUGUGUGAAUGAGAACUUGAGGAGGUUCGUUAUUUAAUCUUUAAUUUUCUGUGUUUAUCUUUCUUCACUUUUGGAUGUCUGUAUACGUUUUGGUGGUGGAUCCUAUUUGAUGACUGAAGAUUGAAAGUAAAAUGUAUAAUCGUUUCAAAAAGUGAUACUUUAACACCAAUAGUGCAUUUUAUAGAGGUACUGGUAUUUUUGUUUUACCUUUAGCCUCUGUGGUGAAUGUUGUACAUAUAGUUAAAGAUGAUGAAAGAGAAGUGUUCUGAGUUUUGCAUUUAUUUGAUUUAUAAACUAUAAUAGUUAAAAUGGUUUCUGUCUUACAGUACACAUGUGAUUGACUCUAAUCAAUUUGUAAUAAAAACAAUACACACACAUACAGAGCAUUUCAACAUUUGUUGCUCUUUUUUUUUUAACUUUAAUCGUUUUUCAUACAACACAAAGUUCUUUUAACAUGAGAUGGUUUGUUAAAAUGUGCAAAAAUAAUGCUGUAAACGUUUCUCAUUCAUUUUCAACCAGCUCUUUAUGUUGAUUUCACAAUUUAAUCAACUUUAAUCAAAAGCAAUCAAAUGGUUUGCUUUACUGUGUUUGCUUUAAAGCUCCUUUAUAAGCAGCAACAGUUAAUGAUUGGUGAAAUAAUGAGUCAGGUGC